AUGGCUGACAAAACUGUGUUCGGUGAAAAUAUGGCUGUAAAUAUUCCUCUUCAAUUGGCUGAUGAAAAUGAAACCAAAAUGGAUACAGAUCCACCAUUAUAUGAAACCCCGCAAGUGGAUUUCAGUAGUGGAUGGAAAGAUCGUGGCUUUGCUAUCGCCUUCUGGAUUCAUACAAUUGCUGUUAUAUUAGUGGGAUUAAUAUUAGGAGCACCGAUUGUGUUUUCAAUCGUGCGGAAUAUUGAAUUCAAUUCACUGGAACAAUCAUCAGUCAAUUUAAACAUCAAAGUUUAUCUAUUUGGAUUGGGCGCUGCAGGAGUGGCUGGUGGAUUAGCUUCCAUUAUCACCCUUUUCUUUCUACAAGCGUGCGCAGGACAAGUUAUUAAAUGUGCAUUUCUCAUAAUUAUAAUGGCACAUGUUAUGCUGGUAGUCAUUUUUUUCUUUGUAUUUUUUCCAUUAUGCUUUAUACCUGGUUUCUUUCUGGUAAUGAUAUUGAUUUAUUUAUCAUGCAUUAGAAAGCGAAUUUCGUUUGCUGAAGCACAUUUACAAGCAGGCUGUGCUUCUCUACGUAGUCAACCAUCAUUGAUAUUAGUAGCUAUCCUCAUGCUAAUCGUCGAAUUCUUAUGGUUCGUCUUCUGGCUUUUGAUGGUAAUAGGUAUGCACAGAACUUUCAUGAGUUCUACAUCGACUUCAAGCCUUAAUGGGAACACUAGUUUAACUAAUACAACAGCAUUUAAUCUGAGUAGUUCAACACCAGCGCGGAUGAUGACAACGAAAUUGGUUAAUGGUAGCAAGAAGAAACUUUUCAAUGGAACAUCAUCUGGAAUGAGAGAAAAACAAAUAUCAGUAUCUAAAAAUAUGAAUUCGACCGAUCGACGAUUUGAAGAUAACAAUAUAACGAGAAAUUCGACUUCUGAAGCACCACAAUGGUAUAGUAGUUAUAUUAAUGAUAUCAUUUAUUUUUUUAUGAUGCUUUCAUGGUAUUGGGGUGCAGUCACAUUUGGAAAUAUUGCUCAUUUUAUUGUUGCUUGUGCUGUAGGUCGAUGGUGGUUUAGUACUGAAUCUAAUGAACAGUAUUCAACUGGAAAUAGUAUUAACCGAGCGUUUACAACAAAUUUCGGCACUAUUUGUAUGGGUUCGCUGUUUGAAGCUAUUAUAAAAGCUCUUCGGUCCACUGCUAAUAAGAAUCGUCAAAAGAGUGUUAUAGCGUGUGUUCUGGGCUGGAUCCUUGGAAUCAUUGAAAAAGUAGUUGGUUAUCUCAACGAAUGGGCAUUUAUCUUCGCCGCAUUGACUGGCCAAGGGUUUGUUGAAGCUAGUCGAAGUUUUAUUGAAUUGUUUAAGAAACGAGGCUGGACAGCGAUUAUCAAUGAUGCUGUUAUUGGAACUACUUUAUCCUUAAUCAAUUUUAUAGUAGGUCUUAUUUCAGCUACUGCUGGCGGUCUUCUUGUAUAUUUUAUGACAAAUAAAUCUCCAGAACAGAUUAUAGCUAGUAUCAUAGUAGCAAUCAUUAGUUUAUUCAUUGGUAUAUUCAUGAGUUCAAUAAUUACAACAAUUUUAAUAUCAUGCGUGCGUACAGUAUUCGUUUGCUUUGCUCUCAAUCCAGCAGCAUUAGGUGCGACACAUCCUGAUCAUUUGCAAAAGUUAAGUAAAGUCUGGCAUAAAUUUUAUCCACAAGAAUAUGCUACUAGCGGCUAUGUUAAUCAUCUGAAUGAGCCCAUGGUUUGA